UCGAACUCCUUCUCGACAAAAUACGAAAAACAACGAACUAAACCGAGUCCAAGACACUCUCGAGAGGCUUGGGGAGUUAAAAAUAAGUCUUUAUUCGAAGAUUAGCGUUACCAAAGUGCGAAUAUGCAUUCCAAUCCUAAAUAUAUACCUUUGUCAUUUAUUUUUUCCGAGUUGUGACAGAACGCAAAGUGUUUAUAAAGAGAAGGCAGCUUGUCGUGAAACACGCGUUAACGUGUACCACUUAUGUGACUAUGUAAGCAUCAGGGAGACUUUUAAAAAGUAUUUUUCAAUUCGGUGGUCGGGUGCGACACCAGAAAGAAAAAAUUCAUACUUGGAGAUCUACAACCAGUCCGAAAUGCGGGUGACUCGCCAGAAUGCUGGUACACUGAAUUCAGAAACACAACAGAUAGACUCACAAUAGUAGGAACAAGUGCAAAUAUAGAUUGUCAGCAGCUACAAUGGUAACAUAUCAGUGACAUCUUCGGGUAUUCCAUGCCAAUCAUGGACAGAACAAUGUCCACAUCGUCAUACCAUGAACACCACAUAUCCAGAAUUAAAUAACGCCAAGAAUAACUGUCGUAAUCCCAAGAACUCAGGACAACGGCCUUGGUGUUUUACUACAGAUAGGAACAAAAGAUGGGAGUACUGUGAGAUUCCUAAAUGUACACCAGUUGACGGUAAUUAUGGGAAUUGGUCAUUAAAAGAUAAGUGUAAUGUGAGUUGCGGCGAAGGUUUUGAAACAUGGCAACGAGAUUGUGACAAACCUAAGCCAAAGUUUGGCGGAAAAUAUUGCAGUGAAAUCGGAGAGUCAGUUGAAUACAGAUCCUGUUUGGCUGAACCCUGUCCAGUAAACGGUGGUUAUGGCAACUGGAGUGUUAGAAUUCCUUGCAAUGUUUCGUGCGGUGAAGGAGUGGAGAUAUGGCGACGUAAUUGUGAUAAUCCUAAACCCAAAUACGGAGGCAGUAACUGCAGUGGGCUGGGAAACUCGGCUGAAUUAAGAAAAUGUAAAAGAAAAACUUGUCAAAUUGCUGGUACUUAUGGCAACUGGACAAAGUCUUCCCCGUGCAGUGUCACGUGUGGUCAAGGUGUUGAAAUAUGGACGCGACUAUGUUAUGUUCCGCCAGGAGAGUUUAGUGAGAAUUGUAGUAAGCAGGGAGCAGCUUAUCGGGUUCAAGUAUGUGAGAUGAAACAUUGCUCAGAUGUUUCCAAAAACCGGACCAUUUCUAUCAUCAUUGCUACUGUUUCUUUCGUGAUUGUCAUUGCAGUUGUUUUGUUCAUUCGAAAACAAAAAGCCAAAGAAGACUCUUCACAUUCCGCAACUCCAGAGAACCGCCCUCCAGAGUACGGCAAUCUUACACCUGAUGGAAAUCCGAUUCCACAACAUUCGCGUGGUGUUGUGCUGUGGAGAAGAGAUUAUGUCAACACACAUUCUUCGCAGAGAUCUUGGUAUGACAGACUCCAACUAUUUCCACCAUUGGCGGUUGAAUGGCUUCGAAACGCAUGGGGAAAUGUUGAUGAGUCUGGCAAGCAUGUUUAUGACGUCCUGGGACGUCAUGUCAAAAAUGUUUUCGUUCCGUACGACGAUUUGUGCUUAAAAACAAAUACGGUACAAGAGGGAAAUGGGACAGAACUUUACGACACUCCAGAACGACCCUCACCUGUCAUAUUACCUACAGAAAUUGCUAACUGUCCCACAACCGAGAUUGCUUAAUAAUUACAGGACAUCUGUCUCUCUUCCCUGGAAGUCGUGCUGGGUUUUUUAACUUUGCUCAUGACCGAUCAUAAAAUUUACUUCGUCACAGUAGCUUAGUAUGUUUUUUUAUUUGCAUAUUCUUUAUAAACAUCAGUGUAGUUUUCUUGUAAUUUUUGUCUCGCAUAUUCAACCCGGGAUGCCGAAGCAGUUGGGGCAGGAGGGGCAGCUGCCCCCUUGCCUUUUGCUAGCAGGGACAAGGGGAACAAAGGUUGUUUACCAUUUACAUGGGAAACCUAUCCGGUUUGAAAUUGUGCUAAUGGUAAGCAAAAUAUUUGUUAAAAAUCCCAUUCGGAUUAUGCGCUUUCCAUUUAUACCGGAAUCCAUUGAGUAUUUAACAAUUCCAAGAUAACGGCUUUAAUUUUUGACAUCUUUAUUUUAAGUCAAUGGUGUCAUUUCUGUUGUAAAAGGAAGCAAACUUAAAAACAAAUUCGUUAGAAUUACUUUACUUACCACGUUCAUUGCCACGCAAUCGUAUUGUACCAGUAAAGGAAGGUCUCCAGUGCUGAAGAGGUAUGAAUUGCACUGAAACGAUACAUUGAUUUUUUAAAUUACCGCGUAAAUUUAAUCGUGAGGAG